AUGCAGUUUGCAAACCGGCUGGUUGGACUAAUGUGUCACCUCUCUGCUCUCGUCUGGAAUUCACUGGAAUAUCGAUUGCAUCCCAAGCAAGAAAGUUUCAUCAAACAGUUGUCAUCGUAUGAAAUAAUCACACCGCUUCGUGUAAAUGACUUUGGGGAAACCUUUCCACACACGCUGCACUACAGGAGAAGACGGAGGAGUGUAGAUGCUGAAUUUUCCGGUUUGCGGGCGCACUACAGAAUUGAUGCUUUUGGACAACGCUUUCACCUCAAUUUAACAGCUCAUUCCGGAUUCAUUGCUCCAACUUACACAGUGACACACUUAGGAGCGGAAGACAGCACCGCUACAGACUCUCAUCAAGACGGCACUGAUAUGAGACACUGCUUUUUCAGCGGUCAUGUCAACGCUAAAAGUGAAUUUCCUGCAGUCUUCAGUUUAUGCACUGGUCUUAUUGGAACAUUUACAACCCAUAAGGGUGAAUAUUUUUUAGAGCCUCUGAUGAAGUCGGAUGGGGAGGACUACGAGGACGAGCACAGCAAGCCUCACCUGAUGUACCACCGGGAGAGGAAGGGCUCAAACCCGAGCCCGAGCUCUCCGAGGAACCGCACUGAGCCGUGUGCAGCCUCAGAUAAACCUUUGAAAAGUGAGUUUGUUCUUCAGAGCAACGGAAAUGUCGGAGAAGAAUUGCGCUCCAUUCAAGAAACCAUUGAAACGCAUCAUCCAGGGCUGCAUUCUCUACACGGGCGAAACCAGUCGCACUCCAGACAGAAGAGGUUUCUGUCCUACCCCCGAUUUGUCGAACUGAUGGUGACUGCUGAUGCGAAAAUGGUCAGACACCACGGACAUAACUUAGAACACUACAUCCUAACAAUCAUGUCAGUAGUUGCUGCAGUUUAUCGAGACCCCAGCGUAGGGAACCUGAUAAAUAUCAUGAUCGUGAAAUUAAUUGUCAUCCACAACGAACAGGAAGGACCUUCGGUCUCUUUCAAUGCUGCUACCACACUGCACAACUUCUGCGUUUGGCAACAGAGGCAGAACUUCCCGGACGACAGCCACCCCUCCCACCACGACACGGCCCUCCUCAUCACCAGGGAAGAUAUCUGCAGGGCAAAAGACAAAUGUGACACAUUGGGCCUGGCGGAGCUGGGCACUAUGUGCGACCCGUACCGGAGUUGCUCCAUCAGCGAGGAGAACGGACUGAGCGCCUCGUUCACCAUUGCCCACGAACUCGGCCACGUGUUCAACAUGCCUCACGAUGACAACCAGAAGUGCAAGGAGGCGGGGAUGAAGCACCAGUACCACGUCAUGGCGCCCACGCUCAACUACGACACCAGCCCCUGGUCCUGGUCCAAAUGCAGUCGCAAGUACAUCACUGAGUUUCUCGACACUGGAUAUGGAGAGUGCCUAUUGGAUGAACCCACCGCCAGGACCUAUGACCUCCCGACCCAGCUACCAGGCCAGCUUUACAACGCCAACCGACAGUGCGAGCUCAUGUUUGGACCCGGGUCCCAGGUCUGCCCGUACAUGAAACAGUGCAAGCGCUUGUGGUGCACGAGCGCCGAGGGGGAACAUAAAGGGUGUCGCACGCAACACAUGCCCCUUGCUGACGGGACUGACUGCGGACAUGGAAUGCACUGCAGGCACGGGAUGUGUGUGAAUAAGGAGAUGGAAGCGGGGCCCAUUCAUGGGGAGUGGGGUCCCUGGGGGCCCUACACCGCCUGCUCCAGGUCCUGUGGGGGAGGCACUAGGAGCACAGCCAGAGACUGCAAUCAACCUGAGCCCCGAAACGGAGGGCAGUUCUGCGUGGGCCGCAGGAUGAAGUUCCGCUCCUGCAACACCGAGCCGUGCCCGCGGGACCGCCGCGACUUCCGGGAGGAGCAGUGCACCCGCUUCGACGGCCGACACUUCAACAUCAACGGCCUGACCGCCACCGUCCGCUGGGUCCCCAAGUACAGCGGGAUUCUGAUGAAGGACCGGUGCAAGCUGUUCUGCCGGGCCGCGGGGACGACGGCGUACUAUCAGCUGAAGGACCGCGUCAUCGACGGCACGCAGUGCGGGCCCGACACCAACGACAUCUGCGUGCAGGGCCUGUGCCGGCAAGCGGGCUGUGACCACGUGCUCAACUCCAAGGCUCGGUACGACAAGUGCGGGGUGUGUGGGGGCGACAACUCCUCCUGCAAAACCCUCACCGGCACCUUCAACAAUGCUCAAUAUGGUUACAAUGUUGUUGUGCGAAUCCCGGCAGGAGCGACAAACAUCGACGUGAAGCAGGUCAGCUACUCUGGGAAACCAGAGGACGACAACUACCUCGCAUUAUCAGACGGCCAGUCAGAUUUUCUCCUGAACGGGAACAUGGUGGUAUCCAUGUUCAAAAGGGAGAUCAACUUCAAGGGAACACUGAUCGAGUACAGCGGCUCGGACACCAAAGAAGAGCGGAUCAACUGCACCGAGAGGAUCGAGGAGGAGCUGGUCCUUCAGGUUUUAUGUGUCGGGAACUUGCACAAUCCGGACGUUCGCUACUCCUUCAACAUCCCAAUCGAGGAGCACAAGGAGCAGUUUGUUUGGGACCCCUCCGGAGCCUGGCAGGACUGCAGCCGAAUAUGUCAGGGCGAGCGGAGGCGCAGGACUGUGUGCGUUCGUAAGAGCGACCGCCUGGUGGUGUCGGACCAGCGCUGCGAGAACCUGCCCCGCCCGGGCGGGGACGACGAGCCCUGCAACGGCGACUGCGAGCUCAGGUGGCACAUGGCGGGCAGGAGCGAGUGCUCGGCGAGGUGUGGCCCCGGGGUGCGGACGCUGGACGUGCAGUGCGUGCGGUACACCCUGCUGAAGAGCCAGAGCGAGCGACUGGACGCCAGCUACUGCGGACACCUGCCCAAGCCCCCGGGGAGGGAGCCCUGCUCCGGGGACUGCCUGCUCAAGACCUGGCACUACGGCCCCUGGUCUCAGUGCUCUAAGACCUGUGGGCUGGGCACCAGGACCCGCGACUCGUACUGCAUCAACAACCUCAGCCGGCGGUUGGCGGACCGCGAGUGCGCCGAUCACCAGAGGGUGGCGACAGAGAGCUGCAGCAACAGAGCGUGCCCCGACUGGGCCACCAGCGAGUGGAGCGAGUGUUCGGCGACCUGUGGGAAGGGCCCCCGCCAUCGCCAGGUCUUAUGCCAGCUGAACCAGGAGCCCCAGCCCGAGCACCUCUGUGACCCCCAGACCAAGCCCCCCACCGUGGGGAGCUGCCAGCUUCCAGAGUGCCCCUCCUGGCAGGCUGGCUCCUGGGGGAUGUGCACGGUGACCUGCGGCCAUGGUUACCAGGUACGGGCCGUGAGGUGCGUUUCGGGGGUGUACGGGAAGACCCUCGAAAACUGGGAGUGUAAUGCAGCCACCAGGCCCCGGGACAGCCAGGACUGUGAGCUGAACCCCUGCCCGCGAGCCCCUCCCCCCCUCAGCACGUCUAACCCCCACCUCCCAGAGCAGUUCAUCACCCAGUGGAGAUACGGCUCCUGGACCACUUGCUCCGUUUCCUGUGGGAAGGGGAAGCAGGCGCGCUACGUUAGCUGCCGGGACGCCCAGGGCAGGGUGGCGGACGAGUCGUACUGCGAGCACCUGCCCCGCCCCGCCGAAUCCAUGGAGUGUUUCAGCGCCUGCGGGGAGUGGCAGACCGGCCCCUGGUCUCCGUGCUCAGUGACCUGUGGCCGGGGGCGCUACACCAGGCAGGUGAUGUGCAGUAACUACCACCAGCCGGUGGACGAGGGCUUCUGUGACCCCGACAAGCGCCCCGAAAUGGAACAGGAGUGCGGCGCCCCGCCCUGUUCCAGGUACCGCUCGAGGCCCAAUGACCAGCCCCACGCUGACUACCCCGGCAACCACCCUGGCAACCACCCUGGGCACAGCAGCUGGAACGUCCCCUCAGCUGAGCACCAGUGGAGGACAGGGCCCUGGGGAGCGUGCUCCAGUACCUGUGCGGGGGGGUUCCAGCGCAGGGUGGUGGUGUGCCAGGACAGCGAGGGCAGCCCCACGAACCACUGCGACGAGAGGGUGAAGCCGGUCGAAUCCAAGAGCUGCGAUUCGGGGCCUUGCCCGCACUGGAACUACGGAGUCUGGGGAAAGUGCACGCAGACCUGCGGGUCUGGCAGCCGGACGCGGCUGGUGGUCUGCCAGCAGCCCGGGGGCCAGCGGCUGAGCGAGCAGAACUGUGACGUCCUGGAGAAGCCUCCGGAAGCGGAAGCCUGCAACACGCAGCCCUGCCCCGGCGGCGUCUCCUGGCACAGACGACCGUGGAGCCCGUGCUCGGUGAGCUGUGGAAGAGGGACGAAGCAGCGGGACGUGACCUGCGCGGACGAGUCCCGAACCCCGGUGGAGGAGGAGCGCUGCAGUCACCUGGAGAGGCCCCGCGUGGUGAAGCCCUGCAGGGCCAGGAGCUGCCCUGGCUGGAAGGCCAACAGGUGGAGCCAGUGUUCUGUGACGUGUGGGGCGGGGCUACAGCAAAGGGUGGUGUACUGCAGGCUGAAGGGGGCGGGGCGGGUCGGAGAGGAGCAGUGCAACCCCCGCGCCCGUCCCCCCACCUCGCAGACCUGUCUCCUCCCAGACUGCCGACGCCACUACACCUGGGCAGCAGAUGAGUGGCAAGACUGCAAUGCGACCUGUGGGGACGGGAUAAGGUCCAGGAGGGUGCUUUGUGUGGAUGGGGCCUCGAACCCGGCCCAUGAUGCCCUCUGUGACCCCACCUCCAGACCCGCCCUGUUCCAGCCCUGCAGGGGUGCCCCCUGUCAGCAUGUGUGGAUGACUGGUGACUGGUCACAGUGUUCGGCCAGCUGUGGUCCAGGGUACCAGCAGAGGAUGAUCUCCUGCUCCGAGGUUCACUCCUCUCAGGACCCCCGGGCCUACGCCCCCGAGGCCCCGCCCCACGCAGACUGCCCCAAACCCCACCCCCCUGCCACCCGCCACUGCCAGCUCAGGCCCUGCUCCCCCAUCGCUGUCUGGAAGGUCGGCUCGUGGAGCAAGUGUUCUCAGACCUGCGGUGCUGGCGUUAUGGAGCGAAUGGUGGAGUGCCUCACCCCUAAAGACCUGCCCUCCAAGAGCUGCCGUCCAAUCGACCGGCCGCAAUCCAGGGUCGCCUGUCGGGAGAGGGACUGCGAGCUCUUCGCCUCCUGCCGGGAGGUCCAGGAGAAGGACGGGGUGAGAGUGGACGGGGAACAUUACCUGCGGGUCAAGUCCCGAAUCCUCCAGAUAUACUGUGCUGAAAUGCAGACCAGUUUCCCUAAGGAGUACAUUACCUUACGUAGCGGUCACACUGACAACUUUUCAGAGGUUUAUGGAUACAGGUUGCAGAACCCGUUCGAGUGCCCGUUCAACGGGAGCCGGAAGCAGGACUGCGCGUGCCGAAACGACUACCCCGCGGCGGGGUACACGCUGUUCCACAGGGUCCGUCUGGACGUCAGCGCCAUGCGCAUAAUCACCACAGAUCUACUGUUCACCCAGACUCCUCUGGGUCGAGCCGUGCCCUUUGCCACAGCAGGGGACUGCUACAGCGCUGCCAAGUGUCCACAGGGCCAGUUCAGUAUCAACCUAUCGGGAACGGGGCUGAAAGUGGCUGAAUCUGUGAAAUGGGUCUCCCAGGGCAACUACGUCACGGUCAAAGUGCACCGCUCAGAGGAUGGCACCAGGAUCUACGGGCGCUGCGGGGGUUUUUGUGGAAAGUGCAGUCCGCAGUCCCAUUCUGGCCUGCUGGUCCAAGUGCAGUGAGCGCUGACUGCAAGGAAAGAAAAAAAAAAAA